AUGGAUCUACCUGGUGCCGAGGUUGAUGCGAGAUCGCAUGAUGAUGCAACACCACUGCACUGUGCUGCAAUUGGAGGCCAUCAGCUAGUCGUCAAGCACCUCUUGAAGUCCAAAGCUGACGUGAAUGCGAGGAUGAAAGGUGAUAUGACGCCACUCCAUCUCGCUGCCUUUCAUGCAUCUCAACCAGUUGUACAAACCUUAGUUGAAAUGGGUGCCAAUGUGGAGGCAAAGGACUUAUCAUUACGAACACCGCUUCAUUUAGCAUCUGGCAGUAUCUCGGAUAAUGGUGCGUUCACCGUUGAAUAUCUGGUGCAAAACAAAGCAGACGUGAAUGUGGCCGAUAAACUCGGCUAUAGCCCACUACACAUAGCUGCAUCAAAAGGACUGGAUCAAGUGGUUGAAAUUCUCGUGGAUGCUGGAGCAGAGGUGGACAAACCGGACAUGCGUGGUCGUAAUGCGCUCCAUCUUGCCGUUCUAACUCACUCGGAGAUUACCGUCAAGAAACUAUGUAAUGCUGAUUCCAAAGCAGUUUAUCGGCAAGAUUCCAAUGGUUACUAUCCACUGCAUUACGCUGCAUAUAUAGGAGCUGAACAGAUGUGCUUAGAUUUAUUUGAAUGCAUGAAAAACACGACAGAGAUGCCGACGACAGGUCUUCCUCGAGGCAUUACACCGUUUCAUCUGGCAGCAAUGAACAAUAAGGCUAAGCCUCUGCUACGUCUCGCAAAGGAAGUAGAAAAGCGGGUAGAUAAAGCAGCGAAGAAGCGUGUACUAGUAGAUCGACCAUUAUUUGCCUACACGGAUGUGAAAAAUCGAAUACCACUGCAUUACGCGAUGAAAUAUGGACACCUGGAUCCUGCGGCAGUACUGCUUAGUCAACAAGGUGCUGAACUUUGCCUGACUUGGCGUGAUAAGGACGAGAUGACGCCACUUCAUUUCGCAGCCGCAAACGGUAAAAAUGCGUGCAUUGACUGGAUUUUGCGCAAAUUCAGUAAAAUCAGCGUCAACAGAAAAGAUGCCAAGGGAAGAUCAUGCGGCAUGUUAUCUCUCACGUCAUUGUCAGGACCGUUCUGGCCAUUGAUCCGAAAGAGUAACCUGGAACGAUGCGACAACAUGGGGCGAGGAUAUUCACAUAGAGCGGUCUAUUCCCGUAAUAAGGAACUGUUGAUAAGAGUGCUGGAGAGAUGUAAUCCGAACGUUCGGGAUGUCAAUGGCGUGACGCCACUUCAUGUUGCGGCUGCAGUUGGUGAAAGUGAGGCGGCGGUAAUGCUUAUGCAAUGUGGAGCGAACCGACUAGCCCAGGAUAAUCGAGGAUUUACCCCGAUUGAUUGGGCGGCAGCCUAUAACAAACUUCCUGUUCUCGAAGCGCUGCUGCAGGAUCCCUUCUCUCGACGUUCAAGUCCCGAUUCAGCCCUAGGAUAUUCACGAUCAUCAACAUCUCGCAAAACAUCUAUUGAUGCAGAUUUGGGAAACGGUGAGUCGUUCAUGUAA